AGUGUACAGGGCGUGGCGCACAGGGCGUGGUGCACAGGGUGUGGUGGCGUGGCACAGGGUGUGGCGCAGUGUGUAGUGUACAGGGCGUGGCGCACAGGGCGUGGUGCACAGGGUGUGGUGGUGUGUAGUGUACAGGGCGUGGUGCACAGGGUGUAGUGUACAGGGUGUGGCGCAGUGUGUAGUGCACAGGGUGUAGUGUACAGGGCGUGGUGCACAGGGUGUGGUGCACAGGGCGUGGUGCACAGGGUGUAGUGUACAGGGUGUGGCGCAGUGUGUAGUGCACAGGGUGUAGUGUACAGGG